GGCUUUUCAAAAGAAACAAGUUUCUACUCGAAGAUAGUCUUUCUUGUGAGAAAAGUUUCCAUUUGCAGAUUUUAGAAAUGAGUCUAGCUCUUCGAGCCGAGUUUGCUUUGGAUAAAAGCAAGAAAAAGAAGAAGAGAGAAUUAGCUGAUGAACAGAAGCAGGAGAUAAAAGAGGCGUUUGAUUUGUUUGAUACGGACAAAGACCGAGCUAUAGAUUAUCACGAGCUCAAGGUAGCCAUGAGGGCUCUAGGCUUCGAUGUUAAGAAAGCAGAUGUUUUAAAAAUUCUCAGAGACUAUGACAGAGAAGGAACAGGAAAAAUUUCAUUUGAAGACUUCAAUGAAGUCAUGACUGACAUGAUGCUGGAGAGAGACCCACAAGAGGAAAUCCUGAAAGCCUUUAAGCUGUUUGAUGAUGACACAUCAGGAAAAAUUAGUCUGAGGAAUUUACGCCGAGUAGCCAGGGAGUUAGGUGAAAACAUGACAGAUGAAGAGUUACGGGCCAUGAUUGAUGAGUUUGACAGGGAUGGAGAUGGUGAAAUAAAUGAAGAUGAAUUUAUAGCCAUCAUGACUGGAGACACGUGAUUCCAAUUCUGCAAUAGUGUGUAACGACUUUCACCAUUAUAGACUUGAUUUUACACUUCCCGUCCAGCAUUUCUUCCUCCCUGUAUUAGAGAGUGCUAAUGAUUUAGACAGAAUGCCUAGAUGUAUAUUGUGAUGAUAUUAAAGACUUGAAAAAAUAUGAAAGGUAGUAAGGUUAAGAUGAGGUGUCUCAAAUAGUUACUCUUCUCUAGUUUUUGUGAAUUAUUUCUUGUCUAUGGUAAUUUUCUCAUGAAUGUAAGCUAAGAAUCUCUGUUUUAGUGAGUGUGUGUUGUUGUUUGUUGUCACAUUGUUUGUUGUCUCUGUUUCCAGUUGUCACAUUGUUUGUUGUCUCUGUUUCCAGUGUGUGAUCAUUCUUGUUAUAAGUAUUUGGAGUUUGUAAAUGCCUGUGACUGAAUUCAUUGUGAGUGUGAGAGAUUGACAGUUUUGUUUCUUUGUAACUAAGUAAUUCACACAGAGAUGUCAUUCAUUUAACCUUUUGUGCUGUAAAAUAUUCUGUAUGUUUGUUCCAUAUUUGUAAAAGAGGUAUUUUUUUAUCUCUGUGAAAUGUUUUAAAUAAUUAUAUCUGAAUAUAUUUUUAUACUGCCAUACAUAAAUCACAUAUUAAAGAAAACCAAAUA